UAACGACAGUUAUAGUCAGGAUGUAACGUAAACCAACAGUCGGCUUGUGGUGCGGGAACAGGAACAGCUAGGCUGUCUGUGUAGCUACAGUGGGAGAUGUUUCCUUAUUUAUACAGUGAAUAAUUUUAAGUGCACCUAUCAGAGUAUCUACAAAGCCACAUUUGAGUCGGCGAAGUUAUCUAGAAAUUCGCUGCAGUUUAUCCUUGUUAUUGACUUAGCUUAGCUUUAGCUAAAUUAAAGUUAGCUACUACUAACAGUUACCUGGUUUCGCUUUGGACUAGUUUUGGACUUCACCUACUUUAGGGAUGUUCCUCGUCUUACUGGUAUGCACACUGGCUCUGGCUGCCACUGGGCAGCAGGAGGAUGAGGACUGGAUAGACCCUUAUGAUAUGCUCAACUAUGAUGCAAGCACCAAAACGAUGAGGAAGCCCACAGAGCCAGCAAACUAUCAAAAUGUGCCAACCAAAAGAAGAGAGUACACUCAGGACUCCAGCCAACUUGAACUGGCAUCGUAUAAGGAUCAAGUGGAAGGGUUAAAGAGACAGAUUGAAGAUCAAAAGAAGAAAAUCAUGGCCCUCUCACAGCAGCCUACAUGCAAUCCAGUGUUCAAGCGAUUUCUUAGUAGACUCCUGAAGGAGAUACAAAGAAUUGGUUUGCCCAGUGACUCCACAGACGCCUUGUACGAUGCCAAAAUCAGACUGUCCAGACAAUCCAUGACAGAGAUUCAAAAUCUUCUGGAAGGUGAAGACAGCUGGAGAACAGGAGCACUGGACAAUGCCCUCAGUCAGAUACUAGUGGAUUUUAAACCACAUGACUAUGAUGCCUGGAAGUGGCAUUUUGAGGACACCUUUGGCGUGGAGAUUGACACACUAUUAAAAAUUGGGCUGUUUGUUCUGGUCAUAAUAGUCAUCAUCUGCACUGAGCUGUGGUCAAGGGUCUCCUGGUUUAUGCAGUUCAAGAGACUGUUUACUGUCUGCUUCUUCGUCAGCAUUGUCUGGAACUGGUUCUAUCUGUACAAGAUUGCCUUUGCCGAGCACCAAAACAAUAUAGCAAAGAUGGACAGCGUCAAUGAAAAAUGCACCGGAAUGAAGAAAAUGGACUGGAGUGAUAGUUUGAAAGAGUGGUUCAGAAGCACCUGGACUCUUCAGGAUGAUCCUUGUAAGAGAUACUAUGAAGUCCUCAUGGUCAACCCCAUUCUGCUUGUACCUCCCACCAAGGCAAUAUCAGUUACCAUCACAACCUUCAUCACAGAGCCACUGAAACAUUUGGGCCAGGGGAUCAGUGAGUUUCUUCGAGCCCUCCUCAAAGAUCUACCAAUCACCCUGCAGAUCCCAGUUCUUCUCACUAUUGUGAUCUCCAUUGUGGUAUGCAUGUAUGGAAGUGUGCAGGCAGCCUUCCGGUAUGGCAUUACUGCACCUCUGCGCCGCCGCCGUCGAAGAGAUCCACCCCCUCCAGGGCUGAACCAACCACAGCCUCCUGUCUUGAGGAUUGAGGACCGUGACCACCUAGCAGGAGGGGACGCACCACAACAGGCCUUGAGGCACAGAGCCAAUGAUGACAGAUUACAGAGGGAUGACAGAUUACAGAGGGAUGACAGAUUACAGAGGAAUGACAUUCGUCAGAGGCAACCCAACAGAGUCAGGGAAGAGCCAGCCAAGAUAGUUGUGGAGACCCUGUGCACUGCUGACAGACCCUACAGCGAGGAUGAGACAGAUGGUGAACGGCGUGAGGGAAGUCCUGAAUCAGAGCAGACAGAGCAGAGUCUCUCUGCUGUUGAAAGUGAUCCUCAAACUGAGUCAGAUUCAGAAAACCAGCCGGACACCCAAGAGGAGCUAGACAGAGCGGGUGCUGGCAGCGUUGCACACAGGGAAGCCAAAGCUAACAAGGACCAAUCAAAAACUAAACCCACAGAUUCAUCUCCAGUAAAGACUAAACCUUUGAAAGUAAAGAAGAAAGUUUCUCAAGAUGAACCCAGCAGAAACAGAUCUCAGCCAGCAGGACGACACCCCGCACAAACUAAAUUAGGUGAUGAUCAGGAUUUGGAAGACUCAGCUGAAGACAGGACCACCUCUCUCUCCGAAAGGAUCCCAGUUCAGGAGACGUCUCCAACAUCAGUGGAAUAAGCAACGUCUGCAUUAGUCAAAAGAAGCAACAUUGUCCUCAUCAGUGUUUGGCACGUUUUAUGGACUGUGGAGGCAGUGAUUACAAGGGCAGUCAUUCAGUCCAUCCCUUGCUGACUGACUUACACACAUUGCUGAAAUGCAUGUGCACAUUUUCAAGGUGACUCAAUGGGGAACCACCCCAGUGCGGCCAGCGGAGCAACUUUAUCGUAAAAAACUGUCUUUGCUGCCGUGCAGGCAGAUGAAUGUGCUGAGAUUCACAAAUACUGUUUGGUGAAUCUGCUCAGUGUUUCAUCAUCAUUUCGUUGCACAGCAGCUUGACUCAUGCAGGUAUCAGGGAAAUAGGAAACUUACUUGUGAAAACCAGUGUUGUUUACUUUUGUAUUUUCAGUGUCUUAUCCAGGGGCAGAAAUCAUGGUCUUACAAAACUAAGUUUGUCUAGUUUCAUUGGAAUUAUAACAAAGACCAAGUAAAACUUGGUGGUAAGUAAUCAUUUAUUACUAUAAACAAAUAAUACCUUCAAUUUUACUUUAAUUUACUUUCAAACCAAUGUUUUGAAGUUGAAAUAUGAAUCUAGAUUUUGUAAUUUAAUAGGCAGAACACUAUUUCUUUAUGUUGUUUUUUUACAAUGAGCUGUUUUGGGGGUUAUUAAAUGUAGAUUUUAUAUAGAAGACUUGAAAUACUGAUGUUGAAGUUAAAGUUUUGCUCAGCAGUAGUGUUGCUGUUUGUUUACUAUUGAUAAUGGCAAACUACUUGUUAAAAGCAUUACAUGAUUGCAUGGCGUGGUGCAGUGCUGAAUUCUGAAAUUAGUGAAUUUAGCCAAAGUCUUUGAUUUUAAAGUCAUAAAUCAAUAAAGAAACAUAUUUAAUAGUCGUGUAAGAAUAUUCUAACAAAAAGGUACAAAAUGUUGAAAAUAGUGUAGCAACUUGCUCCAGAGGCAGAUCUUGAAAUUGCUAAUACUGAAAGAAGCAACACUAAUUAAAGCUGCACUUAUAAUUUAAACUAAUAAUUGUGUCUAACUAUGGUUUGAUGAAUUCAUGGAUGACUUCCAGUGACAGUAAACAGUGUAUACUUUUAA